AUGUCGAUAUCAUCCAUGCUCGGCUCCGAACCAGAAAGACCGUUGCACGACCCAUUCCACAAUCACAGCCAACCUGCGAGAACGCAGUCUGGGCCAUUUUCACAUCACGGGCCGUCCAUGUCACUCGGCUCGGUCAUGUCGCCUCCCCAGUACUCGGGCAAGACGACCACAACUGAAUAUGCGUAUAAACCGAGGUCAAAGACUCCUGACAGAGCUGCGGGACAGGCACUGGGGGUGAGAGCCCAACGGUCGAGUUCAGGGACCAUGACUCAGCGCCCUGGCCCCUUCUACGAACCGAACCCACGAUCACAGCCGCCCCAGCCGAAUACUUUCCACGAAUCGAAAUACACCCCUCCCUUCGGUCCUGUCACAGGACACAGAAACGAGUUCGGGGAUCGAGCUCGACGCACGAGUAUCGGUGGCAUUUUGCAGAGACCAGAGAGUCAACCUCAAGCAACCCACAUGUCCCCUUCGUUUCCUACGUCUCACCCACUCAGUCGACCGGAGAGCAUACCACCCUCGUUGGCGCCAGUUGACCGGCCGGCUCAGCAAUUGAUGCACGGACAAGAACCCCCUCGCCCGAAUGGCGGCACGAGUCACUAUGACACCCGCCCACCCGGCUUCUCAACCCUGUCUCGGGUCCCGCCGUCUGCGCCGCCACCGAUGUCGGCUCCCCUGGAACGCCCUCUGACCCAAUCUCUUUCCCCAGAGCUAAGACGACCUCAUCUGAAUGGCGGUGAAGGUCGACUAGCAGGAAUACUGAACCAACAAGGAGAUCCAAUCUUCGGCUCCCAGAACAUGAUGCGGCAAGACUCGAUUCAAUCACAAAGUGACCGAUCGGUCCUUGGCGAUCGCCUUCGUAACAAUCGAGCUUACUCGCCGUUUGCAGGGUCUGUCGCUUCCGGGCCCUUGGAUGAUCCAGCCCGCAAAGGUAGCGAAGAUUUGUCGCAACACAGAACCAUCCUUGGAUUGGCAAGCGAAUCCAAAAGGGGGAGAUAUUCGCCUGUCCCGCAGGCUGUCCAGGGAGCACAAGCUCAGACCCCAGCACCGGAUGGCGGCAUUAAAUCUGAGCACGGUCGGGUCUUCGCUGGUAUCGGCAGUGGAUUGGGAUCUGUUUCAGCAGGUCCGACUCCAACAGCUCAGCCCUUGUCCGCGAGCCCUUUCAAGCGCGAUGAAGGCGGUGCUCGCUUGAGCGAGGAGAACCUGUUGAAGAUGUCCCGAAGCACGUCCGGCAUCAGCAAGCGAAAUCGCAAGGCGAUGGAAGAGAACGACCGAGCCGAGAGUGACGUGGGCGACGUCAAGAAAGGCCCUGGUCGAGGCAAAAGAAGCAAGUAUGCACAUUCGUACAAGCUCGAUCUUGAUGAUGCCCCCUCGGAACAAAGGAAGAACGUUGCAUUUCCUCUGUCUAAUAUCGGUCGUCGUGCGGCCACUCCCACCUCCAACCCAUCACAACUACUCCAGAGUUCUCAUUCCCAAUUACCUCCUUCUGCAGCAGCCCGACAGCUCAACAAGUCCAAGAAGACGAUCAAGAUAUCCACUGUCGUAGCACAAGCCGCCCGCAAUCGACGUCGUCAUCUCGGGAUUUUCAAGUAUGACCCAGUGGUCUCGCCGCCGAACAGUAUCCUACCAAAUCAGGAGAAGUUUGAUGUUUCGAUACGGCCGAAUCUCCUGCCUUCUUUUUCAGAUCCCGAGCAGGUCAACUGUACUUAUACGAUCAAAGUGUCCAGGCUGUGGCUACGGGAAAGAGAAAGACAUCUUAUAGGUCGCGAGCAAUACCUUUGGGGUUCUGGGAUCUAUACGGACGACUCUGAUCCACUCGCAGCAGCCAUGCAUUCUGGUUUCAUCGAAUCCGCGCGUCCCAACGACGCCAUUUUGGAGAGGUUGAUCGAGGAACAGAAUCCCAAAAUCGACGGUUUGGCCGCGCCGGUAAAGCCAGCAGCUGUAUCGGAGGGUAAAGAUCUGCAUAUCACAUUGGUCGUACUACCACAGCUGGAAAGCUAUGCGGACAGCGCGCGCUACGGGAUCAAGAGUAGAAGUUGGCCUGAGCGUGAAAAAGAGGGUGUGAACCCAGCUCCUCAUGAUGGCGUCAGUUUCAUGGUGCUGAAGACGGAAUUCCUGGACGACGGAAUCAUGAAUCGACGGGUAGGCAGAACGGGCAAGGAAAAGCGCAAGCGACUGCAGGAAGAGUUGGCGGACCGCAAGCGAGCAUUCGAGAUCCGGGACAAAAUGGUUGAGAUGCAGGCGCGAAACCGAGAGAAGAGGUGCAAAGAGCAACGACAACAAAAAUCAGCCCACGUUACCGGCACUAGACCCCCCUUGAAACCCGAAGGAGAAGAGUUGAGAGGCUACGCUGGCUUUGUUCAUUCGGUCAAAUCCUCGGACGAGAGGGAAAACCACGUGCCUGGCAACGACACAGGCGACCGAAGCAGUGCCAUGCUCGAAGGAGUCGGGCACAGUCCUGCGGAGUGGUUCAAGCAACUCAACGACUCGGCCGCCCCCACGGAGCUCGCCGCCACCGCCGGUGCUUAG